CAAUGAGAGCAGCCCGUAGCGAAAUUGUCUGUAGGCUUUGUGAAUAUGCUUGUGGUAUAACUUGUAAAUAAUGCUAUUUUGAGUUGGAGCAUAAGGCGCCAAAGGGAAGCCAAGCUUCAAGAAGAAGAAGAAGAAGACAUUGGUUUUUGAGAUUGCUUAGAGUUUAAGUAAUUAAGUGUUUACCAUAACAGUCGUAUAAAAAGCUGUUGUAAGCAUGCCUAGUAUUCCUGAAUCUCUUGAUAUUUCAAAAUUGAGGAAAAAGAAAGAGGAAUCUUGGUUGGAUAAACAACUUAAAGAUGUGACAAAUGGAUCCGUAGCUAAGGAAAUGGCAAUUGGAGGUGUGUCAGGAUGGUGUGCUGGAGUAUUGUUUUCAAAGGUUGGAAAAACAGCAGCAUCAGCUUUAGCUGGAGGUUUAUUAAUGUUCCAGAUUGCUCAGCAUCAAGGGUACAUUAAAGUAAAUUGGAAUUAAGUAAACAAAGAUAUUGAAAAAGCUAAAGGUAAACUUGACAAGCAUUCAAAGAAGCAGAUUCCUUGGUUUGUCGAUGAAGCAAGGAGCUUCAUACAUGAAUACAAGUUCCUAGUUCCUGGAUUUGCUGGUGGUUUUCUGUUGGGAGUAUCAAUGUGCUGA